GGUAGAAAGUUGGACCCGACCACAACUCCCCUACUGAUUUUUCCGGAAAAAAGAAAGGAAACUCCCCUACAUAUAUACUCCGUAUUUCAGAUCAGAGGAGAAGCACCCAGAUCUUAGUUCUUAGAUUCAGAUCAGCAACAAUCAAACAGCAAAAUUAACCUGAUUAGCAUGCAGGUCCCGGUACGAAGGGACGUGAUAAUGCUUCGCCGCGUCUACGGCGACGACGCCGCCACGACAAGCGUGGUACGGAGCCUCCUCGCCCCGGUCGCGAACCAGCUCUCCGGGUCCGGGGACACCUCCGACUUCCACCGCCGCCUCGUCCAGGUCCAACUCCGCUCGUUGAAAGGCCCAGAGGACGUGCGCGCCGCGUUCGACGGCGUCGAGGCAGUCGCGAUCUGCAUCCUCCUGAUGAGGGCGGUGGUCGUCUUCGAGACCGAAGCCGGCGCCGCGCGCGCGCUGCAGGACCCCGCCAAGGAGGCGAUCGGACCCUGCACGGCGGUCCCGUCUCUAGACUUGGCAGCCGGAUGCCAUUUCAUCCCCUACAAAAUAAUCGAGAUCUCCGCUCCCGCGGGGGCAUCCGGCGUGCCGCCGCCGCCGGAGCCAAGCAUGGAGGAUCGCGCUCGGGCGUUUCCGGAGAUGUGUGAGCUGAAGCCGAUGAUCGACUACGAUGGCCCAGCUGAGUGGAAGACCUGUAGGCCUGGCAUGACGACCAUCACGCAGUUCGCGCCGUCGGCGGAUUCGUUGGUCCACGGCCCGACGCUUGGAGGCGGCGGCUAUCUGUGGAUGCAUGGCAGGAUGGUCACGUACUACCAUGCGGAGGCCGGCAAGCCGUGCGGCAGCGAAUUCAACAAUGUGUCCAUACGAGUCAAGCAAGAAGAAACACACCCAACCAAGAUACGUGUCACGCCUCUCGAAGGCCGCUCGUUUACGUUAAUCAGUUCGGGCACCUAUUUUGUGUUACUCCGACAGCAGGAUCAAGGUAGAAUCUUCAGGUCCUAGCUAGUAGCCGAUGAACUUGUAAGGACUACUUAUAUGAUGUUUAGCUUAUGUUCACUACAUAAGCUUAUGUUCACUACAUCCUUGUUUAUUUGUUAUUUUUUAAGUGGGUUUGUCUAAGUCACAUCUGGAUGUAACACAAUUAUGUCAUAUCUAAGUGGACAUCAUCUUCUUUUUCA